AUGGAGGAUUUCUCGAAACGUCUCUUGGAAAUACUGAAUGAUGGAUUGCUCUCUGCUGGACUUGUUAUGGGGCAUGAGCUUCGGUUAUUCGAUGCCCUUGCUGCCGUAUCGUCAGAGAAUGAACCAGCCACUUGUACAACGGUCGCUGAAAAAGCCGAUAUGAGAGAACGUUAUGUGCGCGAAUGGUUAUGUCUUAUGGUCUGUGGUAAGAUUAUUGAGGUGAACGAAGAUGGCGAAAAAUUUUGGAUCAGAGCGGAUCGCAUUGCAGAUCUCUGUGGUGAUAAACCGAAUGUAUUGCUCGUUAGCCAGCAGUGUGUCCUCAUGUGCGCCAAGGCAUACCCUACUGUCAUCGAUCUCUUCAGGAAAGAUGGGCCACUAGGAAUGGACAACAAAAUGUUUGAUGAAUUUGAUAAAACGAUGGCAUCAAUUUCGGAAGCCGCACAUAAAGAAAAUAUUAUCAGCAAAUUUGUACCUGCAACAGAGAUGCAGAACAAACUGGAAGAGGGUGGAAUUCAUAUUCUUGACGUAGGUUGUGGUCGAGGAAUGCAUAUUGCGGAAUUAGCGAGUCAUUACCCAAAAUGCUUUUUCACGGGAAUCGAUCUGUCUCUCGAAGCUGUUGUUGGAGCGAAUAAGAAAAGAGAUGAAGCUAAUGCUGGCCUCGAUAAUGUAUCAUAUAUGCAAAUGAAUGGCCAGAUGAUGAGAGAUGACUGGACAGAGAAGUUUGACUGGGUGAUGAUGUUCAGCGCUUGUCAUGAUCAAAUGAGACCUGAUCAUUGCUUGAAAGAGAUAUAUCGGGUUCUGAAACCAGAUGGUCUAUUUUCGAUGUUUGAAACUGAUGGUACAAGCAAUGUUUAUAAAGAUAAGGAAAUGAAUACAUCCACCUUCAUGUAUGGCUUGUCACUGUCACAUUGCCUUCCGAUCGGAAUGAACUCUGAAGAUGCAAUGGGACUUGGUGCUAUGUGGGGACGUGAAAAGGCCAAACAGCUGCUCGGCGAUGCUGGCUUCAAGAAAAUUGAAAUUCGUCCAGAUCCGUUUUCAGAAUUACAUUCAAACAUUCUCUAUUUAUGUCGCAAAUGAAUGUGAUUUUUUAUUUCUGUCCAAUAAAGGACUAAUUUAUGAUUUAUUCGAAUAACACUCGAAACUGAAAGAUAGCAGUGUACCACGCUUCCUUAGGUGUUCACCUUAGUACCGUGCUAAAUGAUCAUCUGUUAAAUAUGAUUAUCUUAAACCGCUUAUUAAGAUGUAGGAGAUUUCCAAAAAGAGGUGAUAUGUCAGUAACUC